AACGCAACAAGCCAGCACUCCAGGAAUCCGCUUUUAAAGUGAAAGUUCACCGUGCGACUUAGCUGCUAUGAUCCCGUCCUCCGCAUCAUGAGCUCCCGCUUUACACAGCUCCCGGGCCAAUUCUUCAAUCGGUACUAUGGCCAUCCCGGCCGCCUCCUCAGCGCCACACUGAAGACCUUCUUCCUCGCGCACGUGGUAUGGGAGUACGGCUACGAGAUCUCGCCAACAGCGGGCGCCUCAAUGCUGCCGACCUUCGAGGUGUUACAUGACUGGGUGGUGUCGUCGAAGGCGUACCGGCGAGGCCGCGGCGUGGUGGUCGGGGACAUGGUCACGUUCCGCUCGGUCAGAGAGCCGGGGGAGAAGGUGAUCAAGAGGGUGAUUGGGUUGGAGGGUGAUUAUGUCUUGAUGAAUACUCCGGGGAGUGCGAGCGAUAUGAUGAUUCAGGUGCCCAAGGGUCAUUGUUGGGUUACGGGGGAUAAUCUGGACGCAUCGUUGGAUUCGAGAACAUGGGGUCCUAUGCCGAUGGGGCUGAUUAGGGGAAAAGUGAUUGCGAAGGUAUUACCGUGGAGGGAACGCCAGUGGGUCGAGAGUGAGCUGCGACCUCGCCCAUCAUGACGGAGUGUUUUGAUAUGGGUGUAUACUAUGGGUUGAACGUGUGACGAGCCGAGACUAUGGAGUAAUCCAAAGAUGUAAAUAUAGAAAUCAUGCAAACAAUGCACCAACACCAUUGAUUGCCUUCAAGAAUUGAUUUGCGCAUUGCUGGG